CACGGGCACGCGCACGGGCACGCGCUCCCCCGCCAUGCCCCCCAGCCGCUGAGCGCGCGCCGCCGCCUGCGCCCCCCCCCCCCACCCCGCGGCGGGGCCGGGGCCAGGGCCAGGGCCGAGCCGGCUCCAUCCCGGGGUCCGCCCCCGGUUCCGGUUCCGGGUCCCGGUUCCGGUUCCGGGUCCGUCCCGGGUCCGGUCCGGCGCUGGGCGGUGGGGCCGGCGGGGCCGGCGGCGCGGGGCAAGAUGGCGGACCUGGAGGCGGUGCUGGCGGACGUGAGCUACCUGAUGGCCAUGGAGAAGAGCCGCGCCGCGCCCGCCGCCCGCGCCAGCAAGAGGAUCCUGCUGCCCGAGCCCAGCAUCCGCAGCGUCAUGCAGAAGUACCUGGAUGACCGGGGAGAGGUGACGUUCGACAAGAUCUUCACGCAGAAGAUCGGGUACCUGCUCUUCAGGGACUUCGCCUUUAACCAGGCAGAGGAGGCCAAACCCCUCAUGGAGUUUUACGAGGAGAUCAAGAAGUAUGAGAAGCUGGACUCGGAGGAGGAGCGAGCCGUCCGGAGCCGCCACAUCUUCGACCAUUACAUCAUGAAGGAGCUGCUGGCCUGCUCCCACCCCUUCUCCAAGAGUGCCACGGAGCACGUCCAGAGCCGCCUCAGCAAGAAGCAGGUGCCCCCAGACCUCUUCCAGCCCUACAUUGAGGAGAUCUGCCAGAACCUGCGUGGGGGCAUCUUCCAGAAGUUCAUCGAGAGUGACAAGUUCACACGGUUCUGCCAGUGGAAGAACGUGGAGCUGAACAUCCAUCUCACCAUGAACGACUUCAGCGUUCACCGAAUCAUUGGCCGUGGUGGUUUCGGCGAGGUCUACGGCUGCCGGAAAGCAGAUACAGGCAAAAUGUAUGCCAUGAAGUGUUUGGACAAGAAACGCAUCAAGAUGAAGCAGGGCGAGACCCUGGCCCUCAACGAGCGCAUCAUGCUGUCCCUCGUCAGCACCGGGGACUGCCCAUUCAUCGUCUGCAUGUCGUACGCCUUCCACACGCCCGACAAGCUCAGCUUCAUCCUCGACCUCAUGAACGGGGGAGACCUACAUUAUCACCUGUCCCAGCACGGCGUCUUCUCGGAAGCAGAGAUGAGAUUUUACGCAGCUGAGAUCAUCCUGGGCCUGGAGCACAUGCACAGCCGCUUUGUGGUGUACCGCGACCUCAAGCCAGCAAACAUCCUCCUGGAUGAGUUUGGGCACGUCCGCAUCUCAGACCUGGGCUUGGCCUGCGACUUCUCCAAGAAGAAGCCCCACGCCAGCGUCGGCACCCACGGGUACAUGGCUCCGGAGGUGCUGCAGAAAGGGGUGGCCUAUGACAGCAGCGCCGACUGGUUCUCGCUGGGCUGCAUGCUCUUCAAACUGCUGCGGGGGCACAGCCCCUUUCGGCAGCACAAGACGAAGGACAAGCACGAGAUCGACCGCAUGACGCUCACCAUGGCCGUCGAGCUGCCUGACUCCUUCUCCCCCGAGCUGCGCUCCCUGCUCGAGGGGCUGCUGCAGCGGGACGUCAACCGCCGGCUGGGCUGCAUGGGCCGCGGGGCCCAGGAGGUGAAGGAGGAGCCCUUCUUCAAAGGUCUGGACUGGCAGAUGGUUUUCCUGCAGAAGUACCCGCCGCCCCUCAUCCCCCCCCGCGGCGAGGUGAAUGCGGCCGACGCCUUCGACAUCGGCUCCUUCGACGAGGAGGACACCAAGGGCAUCAAGCUGCUGGAGAGCGACCAGGAGCUGUACCGCAACUUCCCGCUCACCAUCUCCGAGCGGUGGCAGCAGGAGGUGACCGAGACCGUCUUCGAAGCCGUCAACGCCGACACCGACAAGCUGGAGGCUCGGAAGAAGGCCAAAAAGCAGCUGGGCCACGAGGAGGAGUACGCCAUGGGCAAGGACUGCAUCAUGCACGGCUACAUGUCCAAGCUGGGCAACCCCUUCCUGACGCAGUGGCAGCGCCGCUACUUCUACCUCUUCCCCAACCGCCUCGAGUGGCGCGGGGAGGGCGAGUCGCCGCAGUCCCUGCUCACCAUGGAGGAGAUCGACUCAGUGGAGGAGACGCAGGUGAAGGAACGCAAGUGCAUCCUGCUCCGCAUCCGCGGCGGCAAGCAGUUCGUGCUGCAGUGCGAUAGCGACCCCGAGCUGGUGCAGUGGCGGAAGGAGCUGCGGGACGCCCAGCGCCAGGCGCAGCAGCUGCUGCAGCGGGUGCCGCGGAUGCAGAACAAGCCCCGCUCGCCUGUGGUGGAGCUCAGCAAAGUGCCGUUCAUCCAGCGCUCCCCCAACGGGCUCUGACCCCGCCUCCCGCGCGCCCCCCUCUUUUCCCCCUUCCCACCCCGCCUCUAAUUUAUUGGGUUGGGUUCCCGCGUUCCCCCGCUUCUUUUUGUCGUUGGAGGAUGGAGCGGGCACGGCCGCGGUAUCGCCGUCCCGGCACCGGGCGCACGGCGCAGCUCGACGCCUCUCCCCGGCGUGUCCCCCCACCUUCCCAAACCCCCUCCGAACUCUCCGGCUCAGAUGAAGGCAGCCCCCGCGCCCCCUCUCCGCGCCCGCCCGCUUCGCCACCGCUGUGUGUGCCAAAUGGGGCAGGUGGGUGCCCAGCUCCGGCCGGGCAGGGAACCGGCCACCUCGUCUCACCCCGUAGCCUUUUGCCCACCUCCCCGCGAGCCGGCGCGUCCCCCGGCUCGGCUGUGCCCGUCCUGUGGGUGCCAAGUCCUUGGUGUAUGUGUGUGAGUGUGUGUGCCCGCGGGGACCCCCUGUAAAUACUGUGCCAUGGGUCCCCUGUGUCCCCCGGCUCCUGUCACCGCUCCCCGCCUCCCCCCGAGCUGCAGGUGUGGCCGAGGAGGAGGGAGCAAGUGGGACCCCCCUCAAAAUCAGCCUCGUGUCACUGGUCCGGUCCCUGGCUGGUGGGCACAGGGUGUCCCCCAGGGUGUCCCCAACCCCAGUCCCUGGUGGCAUCUGUAAAUAUUGGUCUGCGGUCGCUCUGCUCCAGGGUCUGGGGGGACAGAGGGUGGCACUGGGCAGGGCCGGGGCCGUCAGUGAGUGAGAUUUUAAUGAGCAGAGACGUGAGAAUGGGAAAAAAGAAUUAAAAAGAGUUUUUAUAAUAAAAAUCUGGAAAAAACA